CCUCCAGCCAAUCAAGCGCACAUGGAGCACUAAAGGUGUAAGUUUGUGCAGUGAUGGGUGGACAGAUGCACAAAGGAGACCACUUAUUAAUAUUAUGGCAACUUGUGAAAGUGGGCCUAUGUUCUUGAGGGCAAUUAAUUGUGAAGGUGAAUAUAAAGACAAGUAUUGUAUUGCCAACUUCCUUACAGAAGCUAUUAAAGAAAUUGGUCAUGAAAAUGUUGUUCAAGUGAUCACUAACAAUGCUCCUGUCUGUAGAGUUGCUGAGCUACUUAUUGAGGCCCACUAUCCCCAUAUCUUUUGGACACCCUGUGUUGUUCACACUCUUAAUCUUGCUUUGAAGAGUAUAUGCUCUCCGAAACAAACAGAUGUUUCGUAUGAUGACUGCAAUUGGAUUUCAACUAUUGCAAGUGAUGUUUGGUCCAUAAAAUUUUUUAUUAUGAACCAUAGCAUGAGAUUGUCUAUGUUUAAUGAACAUUGCAAACUAAAGUUGCUCUCCAUUGCCGAAACAAGAUUUGCUUCCACACUUGUGAUGCUUAGAAGAUUUAAGGAAGUAAAGGAAGGUUUACAACAAAUGGUGAUUAGCCCAAAUUGGGCUUUGUACAAAGAAGAUGAUUUGGUUAAAGCAAUGACGGUGAAGCAAAAAAUAUUGGAUGAGUACUUUUGGGAGAAGAUUGAUUAUAUUCUUUUCUUUACAGCUCCAAUAUAUGAGGUUAUUAGAAUGGCUGACACAGAUAAACCUUGUCUUCAUUUGGUGUAUGAGUGGUGGGAUGCUAUGAUUGAAAAGGUGAAAGCUGCUAUCUACAGGAAUGAGCGCAAGGCAUUACAUGAAAAAAGCAGCUUUUUUGAUGCGGUGUAUCGCAUUUUAUUAGAGCGAUGGACUAAAAGUAGCACACCACUUCAUUGUUUGGCGCAUUCAUUAAAUCCAAGGUAUUAUAGUUCAGAAUGGCUCCAAGAAGACCCUAGUCGGGUUGCUCUACACCGAGAUGUUGAGCUUACAACUGAAAGGAAAAAGUGUUUUGAGAGAUACUUUUCCAAUGAGGAAAUUAGAAGAAGUAUCAAUGUGGAGUAUGCCUCUUUCUCUAUGUGCUUGAAUGACUUUGGAGCUAUUGAUUCUAUGAAUGAUAGGUUUCAUUUGGAACCAGUAAUGUGGUGGAUUGUCCAUGGAGCUUCUACACCUAGUCUCCAAUCCAUAGCGUUGAAGCUACUUGGACAACCUUGUUCCUCCUCUUGUUGUGAAAGAAAUUGGAGCACUUACAGUUUUAUUCACUCUCUAAGAAGGAACAAGAUUACACCACAAAGAGCCGAGGAUUUGGUAUUUGUGCAUAAUAAUCUUCGUCUUUUAUCAAGGAAUAACGCAACCUACAAAGAAGGUAUUAGUCAAUUGUGGGAUGUUGGAGGAGAUGGCUUUGAAAACUUGGGUGAAGAAAGUGUCGGGAUGCUUGAUAUUGCUAACCUUUCACUUGAUGAACCGUCAUUGGAGACUACUUUGAUUACUGGAGGAGACAUCAUGAACGUGGAAGUUGAAUGAGACUUUUUUUUUUUUAAUUUCAUUUGGAUGUUCUUUUUACUUUUUCAAGUUUUAAGACUAAUUGCUUGUUGGAUGGACUAUCUUUCUAACAGUUUAGAGUUUAUUGAAUAAUAAAUUUGAAUGCUUAUUUUA